AAAAAAAACGAAAUGGUGAAAAAUAUGUACUUUUUAAUUUUUUAAUAUAUUUAAAAUAAAUCUAGUUGGAUAGUAACAGAAAUUAUUAUAGUGAUAUUGUGGUGGUAUUCAUUAGAAGAGGAUGAAUCAACAGCACAUAAGAUAGAAGCGGUCUAAAGAAGCUGGCAGAAGCUAACUGACAUAAGUGGUCGAAUAAUUUUAUAGUUAGUAAAGCAACGUAUGUGUCAAUGUGAUUGAGAAUUUAUAUCGUUUGAAUUGCUUGUAACGAAAUUCAAAUGUAUAAUUGACAAGCUGAACAGUUGAACAAGAGAUAAAAGAUAUCCUGUUACAAUAAAUGAACUGUAUGAAACUAGAUGUAAUAAUCUUCCACGGCUGAAAUGUCGUAUAAAGUCGGACAGCGUGUCGAAGUUCCUGGCAAAGACUGUCAAGGAGUAAUUGCUUAUAUUGGUCAUCCAAGUUUCGCUUCAGGAAAAUGGAUUGGAGUCAUACUUGAUGAACCAAAAGGAAAGAACAAUGGAACUAUUAAAGGACAAUGUUAUUUUAAAUGUGCUGAAAAUCAUGGAAUGUUUGUACGGCAGUCACAACUUAUUUUGUUGGAUGAAGCAGGCAAUAGAACUGAACCUGCUAGUCCAUCUUCAGCAGGUAGUAGUGCUACUACUCCAGAUGAGACCAGUGCGGCACGUGCUAGAAGUCGAUUGAAUAGCAUAAGUACACGUCGAAGGAAUGAACCUACUGCAGUACGGAGAAAAACUUCUCCUGCCCAUACUAGGCAGCAAUCUGAGAAACUAUCUGGUUCAAGACUUUCAUUGGCUGGUAGUAGGACACUUUUAAGUGCUCCAAGUACAGAAAGUUUGUCUGGAUCACAGCAUGAACGUAAAGAUGGAGGAGAAUCACUUAUACCAGUUCCAACAUCUAAAGGAGCUUCAUUCAUCGAGAAGUCCCCUAGCACGAGCUCGCCUCCCGGCAAAAAGCCAAAGGCCCAAGAUGAUCACAAUAAUACAGGUUUUGUAGAGACUUUGAAACCACAGUUUGUACCUGGUCAAGUAAUGGCAGGUUCUGCAGCAGCUGCAAAUGUAGUAGAAGAAAAAUUAUCGCAUUUGCAACUUCAACAGGAAAAUGAAAAUCUGAAAUCUCAGGUUCGUGAUCUUACUGAAAAAGUAGAAACUUUACGGGUGAAAAGAAUGCAAGACAAAGAAAGAAUGAAAGACUUUGAAAAAACAAAGCUUCAACUUGAACAACUUAUUGAAUUCAAAACGAAAGUUAUGGAAAGCCAAGCUAGUCUUCAAAGAGAGCUACAACGCGCACGUCAAGAAGCGAGAGAAGCACAUGCAGCUAGAGAGCAAUUCCAAGAAGAAAUGGCAGAUCUUGCAGAAACCGUAGAAAUGGCAACAUUAGAUAAAGAAAUGGCCGAAGAAAAGGCUGAAACAUUACAAAUUGAAUUAGAGCAAUUGAAAGAAAAACUUGAAGAACAAACACUAGAUCUGGAAAUAUUACGAACAGAAGUAUCUGAAAGGACUGCAGGAGGGGGUUCUGCUGGUGGUGCGUCAAGUUACGAAACAAAACAAUUGGAACAACAAAACAAUCGACUACGAGAAACUCUUGUUAGAAUGAGAGAUCUUUCUGCACAUGAGAAGCAUGAAUUCCAAAAACUUCAGAAAGAUUUAGAUCAAAAGAAGUCAGAAAUAUUAGAACUAGGUCGCACAAAGGAAAAAUUGUCUACACGAGUAGAGGAAAUGGAACAUCAGAUAGCAGAUUUACAAGAACAAGUUGAUGCAGCAUUAGGUGCUGAAGAAAUGGUUGAAGUACUUGGUGAGAAAAAGAUGGCAUUAGAAGAGAAAGUUGCAGAAUUGGAAGAAGCUGUUGCAGAUUUGGAAGCUUUACAAGAUAUGUCUGAUCAACUUGCUGAAUCAUCGAAAGAAUUAGAGUUAGAACUGCGAGAAGAAUUAGAUUUAGCGCUUGGAGCAGCGCGCGAUGCUUAUCGACAUCGAGAUGCGGCUUUGGAAACAUUAACGGACCGUGAACUUACAAUCACAAAGUUCCGCGAACUCACUCAUCAAUUACAAGAUCAAUGUUUGCAAUUACAACAACGUGUGCAAUCAACUGAAACCUCUAAAUUUGGAAUGGGGGGCGCAGAGCAACAAUUAGCAGAAAUUUUAGAUUUCCAAAAAACCUUUGCUGAAACCCGUGCUCAAACAAAAGCUGUUGAUCUUGAAUUACGACGAUUGGAAGCCGAAGAAGCUCGAAAUCAUGUGAAAUAUUUAUUAUCUUUCAUGUCUCCUGCAUUCUUAGCACGUGGCGGUGAUCACGAUGCUAUUCUAACACUUUUACUUAUACCAAGGAUGAUACAAAAAACCGAGAUACUUAUGUCACAAGUACGAGAAAAAUAUAGAUCAUUGGAUAAAGUAGAUAGAGCAGCUAUCUUAAAGGGCCAUUCGGUAGCACAAUAUACCUUCAGAUCGCGUCUUUGUUCAUACAUGUAUGCAUUACAAACGUUCCUUGGUUGUUUUGAAUCUGCAUUAAAUGUAUGUAGUCCUGAAAUGUUACUUAAGGCUGGAGCAGUUUAUCCAGAAAUGGCAGCGCAGGAAAAAUCUUUGGAUUCCUUGAUAGAACUAGCUAAAAAAGAUCAAUUAGACGAGAAUCUACCAAUGGAUGCUAUCGAGAAAUGUUGUGGAUAUUUUUGUACUAUGUUUUCUGUGUUAUUUGGAGAAACCAUUAAUCAAGCUCGUUUGGUAGUCAAUGGUACAAGGAUGUUGGACAGUUCUUGUGAAGCUAUUAUGACUGAUGCUGCAGCAAUCAAAACUUUGAUUCAGGGAGACAGUGGUGAUUUAGGCCUCCUUUGUCAGCAUGCGGAGACAACGUGUGAAGUAAUUCAACAACACCUAAAGUCAGCUAGAAGACGAGUAUUGACAGAUCAUGCUGUUGCAAUUCAUAAUGCAGAAUCUAAUUUAGGUUUGGAUAAAGACUGUAGUGAACAACUUUUUACGUGUUACCAACAUGCUGUGAAGAUGAUGAAAACAUUGCAAAUUUUGCUGAAGAGUGCUGUGCAAGCAAUUAUUACCAAUGGCGACUUAGAUACAGGACUUGGUGCAGAUAAAUUGAAGGAGAUGGCUUCUAUAGCAUGUGAAAAAGUUUAUGAUACGGAAGAUGUUGGACCCGUAGCUACGAUUAAAGGAAGUUUAUCAAGUAUCCAACAGUUAGCGGCCAAUUUCGCACAAAAAAUGGCAGAGUGUGAAAACGAAUUAGCAAUAAGUGGACAGUUAUCACAACAGCGAGAACAAAAUGCGGAAAGUGAAUCUUUACAGCCUAUCAAAGUAAGAGCACAAGCAGCAAAGAAAGAAGCUGAAGAAAUUAAGAUACUUAGUAGGAAAUUAGAAGCAAGAGAUAGUGAUAUACUUGAAGCGAGAUUAGCUCUUAGGGAAAAACAAGAAGAAUUAUGUGAAAUGAUUUUGAGAAAAGAUGUUGUAGAGAAAAAACUUGCAACUCAACAACAUGAACAUGAAUUGAAUGUAGAAAAGUUGAAGAGAAAAUUGGAAGAAGCAAUGAAUCAAUUGAAACGAAAAGAAAAAGAAUUUGAGGAAACGAUGGAUCACCUUCAGACAGAUAUUGAUAGUUUGGAAAUGGAGAGAGGCCAGUUAAAGGAAAAAUUAAAAUCUGUUGGAAAGAAGACAAUGAUGUCUGCAUCUGGAGCAGACAAUAUGUCUGGAAGCGUUACAGCAGCAUCUGGAAUGCAAUCAAUGGACAAUAAGUUCUUAAUGCAAGAGAUAACUGCUCUUAAAGAAGCAUUAAACAGUGAAAACCAACAAAGAAAGAAAUUAAUGUCUGAUAUAUUACGUCAAAAGUUAGAAAGUUUGGAUCCAAUAACUCCUCUUCCAUUAAGACAGGGAUCAAUUAAUGCUAAAAUACAGGAAUUGAAACAAAAAACUAAUGAUCUUACAAAAGAUAUUAAACAAGUCAUGACAUUCCCUAUCGUUCCUGACUUAAGACGUAAUAAGGCACGUGAUAUGGAGGGCCCAGUGUUAGAAAAGGCAAUGCCAGUUUAUCAACUGUUACAACGGGAAAUAGUCAUGAAAGAGUUAAAAGAUCGAACUGAUCAAUUGAUCAAUGAAGUUCUUGAAGAAGUUAUACAAAGAACAGUAGGUGGAAUGGCUGAAGCUAAUUUCGCAGUAUUUCCAAAUCGUGAAAUGACUGCAGCAAUGCAUGAAAGUCAAUUGCUUGCUGCAGAAAUCGCUAUUCCUCAUCAAGGUCAAGAACAAGUUUUUACUGUUAACGUAGGAACGCAGGAACUUAGGAAAAUUCAUACUUUGCUGUGCUAUUAAUUUUCAUUUGUUAAUUUUUAAUAUAACAUAUUAAUGUGGAAAAAUAUACUACCACGAAAGUAGUGGUAAGUGCAAUAAGUUUGUAAAAUAUUAAUUUUAUAGUAUUUGCCUUUUGAUCACUUACGCAUAAGCUGUGGUAGCCAAUGAUGUUCUGUUAUAUUUAUACACAUAGUUAAUCUAUUUUAUAUGUACAAAAGAACGAAUAAUUGACUUUUUAUAUCCGAUGAAAGGAACGGAUUGAAUCUAGCGAUAACAUAAUUUUGGAGCGUGCGAUUUUUAUUUAUUUUCGAAUUGACUACAGCACAAUGACCGGUGCAUUGUAGCUGGUAGUCUGCAGCACAUUUUGUUACCUUAUAAACUCAAAUAUUAUUACUAUUAACAAUUUAAACGAUAAAGUUACGCGCCUCUGUGGCUUCUGUGUAAUAUCUUUUGAGAUUUGUCAAAUAUAUGACUUAAAAAUA